AUGUACCCUCAGGUGACAUGUCCGUUACUUAGCAACCAAGAGAGCAGCGGGGCAGCAGGUGAGGUGGAGGAACCUCAGAGGAUCAUGGAGAGAAAGAAGAACGAGACGCUGGUGAUGAAGGCUCAGAUAGAGGGAUGGACCUUUCUGCCUCAUCAACAUGGCAACACAGUCCAUGACCAUAAUCUCCAUGACAACUCUAAAGGAUGGAAGUCAUCAGACCUGAAGCUCUCCCAGGCCUGUGAUUGGACGAUAACAGAGUGGCUGAAUCUGGUGUCAGAGUUCCUGCAGCAGGACUCGUCUGAGGCUGUUUUGGACAAAGUGAAGCCUCUUCCCUCAGAGGAGUUUAACUUUUGGAGGAGCAGAGUGAAGAAUCUGCAGUCCCUCCAGCAGCAGUUACAGAGCAGCAGGGCUCAGCAGGUGGCGUCCAUCGUUCAGCAGACAGGCAACAUCUCUUGGUUCACUCUGAGAGAUGUUUACAGACGUGUUGAAGAAGGUCUGCAGGAGGCUGAACAGGUGAGUCUUGCUCUGAGUCCCCUGCAAGAGAAGCUGGAGCAGCUGGAGCAGGUGGAGUACCAGCAGCUGGGCUCCAACAUGGCGGCUGUGAUGGAGGGGGUGCAUCAGGUGUUGAUCCGGUCUGAGGUGUACAGGAGACCAGGCAGACUGAUGGUUCUGCUGAUCGAGAUCUGUAACCUGUUCAUCCAGAAGAGCAGGGACUUCCUGCGUGGAGAGGCGGUGAUGCAUGGUCUGGUGUCAGAGACUGGUCGGGUCCUGGAUGAUGUCAGGCUGGUGAUCUGGACACUGAAGACAAUCAAAGAGGCCAACCUGGAGAUUCAGAACCAGGGGGGUGUGCAGAUCCCAGCUCAGGAUGGAAUCACACACUGCUGGAACUCCUCUUCACACCUGUCCUUCAUCCACCUGGACAUCCUGCUGACACGUCUGCAGAGCAUCCAGGAGCUCCUGUGUGUCACUCUGCAGCUGAGUCAGUUGGAUCAGGUGCUUGUGUCCGGAGUCAGGGGCAGGAUGUGGACUGAUGAGGUUCAGAAUGUGUAUCAGGACUUCCUGUGUCAUGUGAGGGUCCUGUCUGAGUAUACCUGUGACCCCACCGACCCUGGCGACAAGAGCUUUGAGCUGCUCCUGGACCAGUUUCAGGCUCAGGUGUCGGACCAGGAGAGACGGCUGGUCUCCGUCCUCAGCAGGUCGUUUGCGGAGUGCUGCGUGUCCUCCUCUGCUGCUCAGGUACAAGUCUUUCACCGUCACGCUCCAAUGACUGCUGGCUCGGUUUGUUUUGAUACCAAACUCUAAACUUUGAGACGAUUCUAGUAAAGGUCAAAGGUCAAA